AUAAGCGCAAAAAAAUUCGCUUCAACAAAACGUAAACAAAACCUGACACACAGAGUAACACUACAGAGGUCAAACACUGCUCGUUAACGUGCUACAAGAGAAAAGCUGAAUAUACUUGUACCUGUACCACAAAAUUCCCGCCGUUGAGAACCAAACACGAGAACAGUACUCAGUGUUGAACAUAAGUGUACCACAAUAUUCCCGUUGUGGUAAGGAUUCUGUUCCAACUAUACACUAAAAGGGUUCAAAGUGGAGGUGACAGUGUUCCUUAGUGGAUAUUUCGCCCUGAACCUAUUUGGUACAAUUAUCGUUUCGGGGAUCCAGCGAUUUUUAGCAUAUACAAGCCUUCCAUCAGGUGCUCAAGAAAAUGACAGAUAAAUACCUCUUCAACCAGAGGGGGCGAGUGGAAGAGCUUUUCUUACCGGGUAAAGCGAUCCUCACAUUUCUCCUGCAUGGACAAGCCCAACGUGUGCUACUCUGGGUCAAGUGCUUUAAUUAUCAGGGUAAGCUGCUGGACAAGGCAGAUUCAUUAAUUGGAAAACUCCAAAUUGGGGAUAUCUUAUAUUUUGACUGCCACAUUUAUGAUAAGGAAUCAAGUGAUAACUGCCAGUGGUAUGCAGCUUCUGCCUCUAUAGAACCGCCUGAUGAUCAACAGUUGAAACCACUCGUCCCACGGGUCAGUAACCAGAAUGGCCACAUAUCAGAAUUGGAUCCUGGAAAAGGAGUAAUUCUCUUUGAGUUUUUUGACGAGUUAUCUUUUAAUCAACAGGAACAGAGAGUUUUCUUUUUGCGGUCCAAAUUUUAUCUCUUUGGAAAACGUCCGGCAAACAAGCGCAGCCUGAAGGAGUUCCUAAGUGAAAGUGACCCACUGCAGUUUGAUGCUGAGAUGUGUGAACCUAAUAGUGACAACUACAACUGCACUUGGUUUGCCACUGUUGUCUGGAAAGGCAAGAAACCUCAGAGUUGUGCUACAGGACAUGGUGGUACACCAGGUGAUGACUUGACAGCAGAUGACAGUGCCAGUAAUGCAGGAGGUAUAUGUCGAGACUUCAAUGGUCUUGAAGAAUUCCCCUCGUUAUGUUUACCUCCAGGAUUGUCAGAUAAACAGGGUUACAAGGCAUUUGAAGUUAACACCAGUAUUCGAGAAGGAAAGGGCAAUGUACUAAAACUCUUCAAUGAAGAAUGUGGUCUCGCUCUGUGGAUGGUGCAUCUAUACCUGGGAAACCGUUUUCUUCCAUCGGAAAAAUUCCUACCUAGAUAGUGUAUCACUGUGCAAUUUUGAUCUUCAAGAAUCUUUUUCAGAAGGAACAUCCCUGGACAUAUCAGCAGUUCCAGCCAUUCCAGAGUUUCCUUGUCGAUGGAUAGCCCAAAAAGUUGUUGCAAACUGUUAAUGUAAAUUUCCCAAGCGGUAGAAUUUAACUUACAAAUUUGUAUGUUUAAAAGUUUCACUUUCAGAAGUAUUUAUUCCAUUUUUGUAAAUCUUAAUGGUCUACGUAGCCAUCUGGUUUACCCCUGUCAUUUCAUACAUCCACUCUCCAAAACCAUUCAAUGCCAUCCUUCCCUGUCUUGUAUGCACACUGCUACUUCAUGGUACACACGCACGCCAUAGUUAAUGAACAUAGAAUAUACAGAACCUCACAUGACAUUGUUUCCUCACCAGACCUCUGUGAAAGGGUGGUAAGAGGGAGUUAAGACAAAUGAAAUCAAUGAUUGGUACACCUAAAAAGUAUUGUGUUGUGACCAUCUGUUUGUUUAGCAGCUUUGACAUACCAGACAGACCUCUUGGGAAGGUAUAAUUUAAUAACAGGAAUCUGAAAUGCAUGUAACCAAGAGGAUUUCAUAAAUUUGAUAUACUGUAUGAGAACAUAACAUAACAUAAGAAUGGAAGAAACUGCAGUGGGAUGACCUUGCUAAUCUUGUAACUAACACUCCUUUGUACUAACCCAAUUAAUUUAUUAGCCCUGUUUUAGCAAAUACACAUUGCUUACUUGGGUUAAGAUUCCCACUUAUCGUUACUCCAUAAUCUUUCUCUGAGUGGGAUUUCUCAAUAACAGUUUUGUUCAUCUGG